CUAGUACUUCCUCAUUCAGUAAAAAGUUAUCCUACUUGAUAUAUUCGCUUCGUUUUUGCGUUUGAAAUGUUCGAUUUAUACAGUGAAAAGUGUACAAAAAUGUUGAUAUUUGCUUUAACUAUAAUGGAAAUUAUAGUUUAUGUCAAAUCAUGGCCAUGUGAAUCACCAAUCAGAAAAACUUACAGUCGUGUAAACUCUAGUGCUACUCUUCAGUUUACUGCUGACCUGAACGGACUAGAUGCACUAGGCAGACCGUUUGAGGUCAAGUUUUAUAAUGGUACUGGUAAAGCUCGUAUAACAUUCUAUUCAGACAAGGACCCCAGACCAUCUCAUGGACCAGAUGUCAGUAUAACAGGAGAUUCUGAUGGCAAUGUUGAUUUUACACUGGCUAAUGUCCAAGAAAACAAUGCUGGAGUUUACAUUAUGGUCACUCCUGGGUUUGCUACAAAAUGUAGCUGUCUGUAUAUAUUAGGAACACCAAGAAAGCCCACAGUAACAGUUAAUAAAACACCAUCAGUAGGAGAGAGUGUAACAUUAACAUGUAGUAGUACAUCAACAACCACACCAAGUAACCACAGUCUCAGUCUGACAUACUCUUGGAGAGUUGACAACACAGAUAAUCCAGGUGGAGCCAAGUAUACAUACACUCCUAGUAAGGAUAAGCUUACUGUAAACAACAUUGUAAAGGAGGAUGCCAAUAAACAGUUUACAUGUACAGCUAAAGAAGAUGUCACUGGUGGAUAUACAUCUAGUAGAAGUGAUACAUCCUCAUUUGUUGUUUAUUAUGGUCCAGAUAAUGUUGCGUUUAGUCCAAGUGAUACAAGCUAUGAGAAAGAUGAAAAUGAAAGUCUUAAUCAAGUAACUUGUACAGCAUCCUGUCAUCCUACAUGUAGUUUUACGUGGACUAAAACAGAAACUGGAACACUUGUUAGUAGCUCAGCUUUAUUAAAUCUUGAAAGGCUUCAGAGUUCAGAUGCUGGAACAUACAGAUGUACAGCAAGAAGGACUGGUGGUUCACCACAAAGCAGAGAUUUAACUGUGAAUGUAAUUUAUGGACCAUACCAGUCAUCAACUCAAUUAUCACCAUCAACUCAAAAUUACACCAAAAAUGAGGGACAGAGUCUAAAUGAUAUCACGUGUUCUGCUGAGUGCUAUCCUGAUUGCACAUACACAUGGAGAAAGACAAGACAAGAGCAGACAACUACUGUCAGUAGUACAAGUGUUUUAUCUAUUGGGCAACUACACCGUGAAGAGGCUGCAUUGUACACUUGUUCAGCUAAAAAUCCUGAAAGGAGUUCAUCUCCUUCAACAACAAUACAAACUCUUGUCAAUGUUAGAUAUGGACCAAAUACAGUCAGCUUGAACGUAACAUCACCAUAUGAUGUGUUAGAAGAAAAAUCUCUGAUUAUACAAUGUAAGGCAGAAUGUUAUCCUGGAUGCUCCUACGCAUGGCUUAAUGUUACAAGUGGUUUAGUGAUGAAUACAACAGGUGCUGUAAUGUAUAUCGGAACAGUAAACAAGUAUAUGACAGGAGAUUAUAAAUGCGAAGCUAAAAAUAAUGAUGCUUCAAUCUAUGUGAAAGCUGCAGAUAUUGUUGUAACAAUUAAUAUAAUAGAACAAACGUUUUUAAAAUGGUUCUAUAUUGGAAGUCAUGUCAAUACGACAGUUGUUACCGUGGACGAGCUGGAAUUUAACAUAAUAUUUACAUGUACAGUCAGUGGGGAUCCUGCUGAAAACAUCAAAAUAACUCAUCAUGGACAAAUCUUACAAGAGAAACAAAAUGCCAGCUCUUUGAAAUUUAUCCACAAGACAGUGAAUUGUUAUGAUAGCGGUGAAUAUAAAUGUGAAGUGAGAAAUAGGAACAUGAAUACAUCAAGCGGAAAUAUAUCAAUGUUUGUUAACUGUUCACCACGCCCAGUACGGAAAAUUCAAGAAAAGCUCACAGUUCCACUGGACGCACCUGUCACAUUGACAUUUCAGGCUCUUGCGCAUCCAGAGCCUGGUCCAAAAGGGUUUGCUUGGUACAAUUUUAGAGAUACAAGAUGGUUACAAAUUUUAACAAAUGAAGAUUUUCAAAUUUCGUCUUCGGGGUUAGAGACCAAUCUCACAAUAUUUAGCGUUUCUCAGAAUGAUUACGGACAAUAUCGUGUUACUACAAUAAACAGUAUUGGGACUUAUAAUCAGUAUUUUUCUCUCUUACAACAAGAACCGGCUUCACAACAAGUAAGAAAAGAGGAUUGUAAAGAUGGUGAUACACUGACAAUUGGUAUAGUUUUAGGAACAGUUUCUCUUAUCCUCACAAUUUACGCAACUUCAAUAACCGUUCUAUGGAAACGGAAUGUCUCCUUCAGUAAAAAUCGAAGUAGCACUUUGAUGAUGAAAAAUAUAGGCAUAAACAGAGGCAAUGAAUUACAGGGACAAACAACAUACGUCAAUAUGAACAGUUUCAUCAAACGACCAGGACGUACAGCAACGCGGUUGAAA